GGCGGUCUGAACUCCACCCAUGCAGCGUCACUAUCGACCUUUCACAGGUGUCACAUCUUGUUUCUUUCCACUUUCUCAGACGAGAGAAGGUGAUUCCCACACACACACUCAAACACACACACUCUCCUGCCUUCUGUCAUUUCCCGGAUCCGGCGUGUCCAAGCUUCUGUGGAAAGUUUUUAAAGUUUGUUGUUGGAGGAGGAGGAGGAGGAGGAGGAGUGAGCUCGGUGAGUUGUUCCAGCGGCGCUGCUGUGCUCACACACGGCUCCAGCUGCAGUCUGUGUGCGGGCUCUGCUUCGGGAUGGCGGCCGUGAAGGCGCUACAGCAGUGGUGCCGGAUCCAGUGCGAAGGCUACCGAGAUGUGUCCAUCACAAACAUGACCACGUCGUUCAGGGACGGCCUGGCUUUCUGCGCCCUCAUCCACAAACACAGACCAGAUCUCAUCAAUUUUGAUUCACUGAAGAAGGAAAAUGUCUAUGACAACAACAAACUGGCGUUCAAGGUUGCAGAGGAAGAACUGGGAAUUCCAGCGCUGUUGGAUGCAGAGGACAUGGUGGCUCUUAAGAUUCCUGACCGUCUCAGUAUCCUGACUUAUGUCUCACAGUACUACAACUACUUCCACGGACGCUCCCCGAUCGGUGGUAUGGCAGGUAUAAAGCGUCCAGCUGAGGGCCCCACAGAUGAACCGUCUGGGAAGAAGAACCAGCCGGUUGUGGCCAAGGUGUUCCCCUCAUCUAAGCCUGCCCGAGAGAACAGCCCUCCCCCGUCCUCCAACAUCAAACGGCCCUCUCCUUCCCCAAAACAGACCAGACAUGCUGCACAGGAUGCUCUGGUUGAGAAACCCCAUCAGACAGGCACCCUGAGCAACAAAUGUGUGAUCUGUAACAAGCAUGUUCACUUGGUGCAGCGACAUCUAGUGGAUGGGAAGCUCUAUCACAGGAACUGUGCAAAGUCACUAUCAACUACAAACACAACUGCACCUCUCAGAGAUUUACCCUCAAACACCUCGGUUUCUAAAUUCACUUCUCUGCCAGAGUCCACUAAAACCAACACAACUACACCCAACCACACCCCCUCCAGACUGGGACCAACAUGGCUAGUGGAGAAACCCAGUACCCCUUCCAGCUUCUCCACCACUUUUUCUCCUUCGUCUCCUUCUCGGCCUGCUUCAGGUGUUUCCUCUGCUGCUAAAGAAAGUCAGACAGCUUCUGUCUCCAAACCUGCAGCUUCAGGGACAAGAACUACUACCACUACUACCAUUACAACCACAUCUACAGAGACCAGGCCUGUUGCUGCCCCUCGUACCUCAAUCACAGCAGCCAAGACCCUGCAGUCCAAACUCAAGUUCCUCCAGUCAGACAGCAACACUAACAAUGAAGAGAAGAAAACUACGACCAUCAACGUGGAUGUAAAUAAAGGGAAGAAUGUGAGUGGUAAGGUGCAGGAGGCCACAGCGGGUCAGGCUGUGACUUUGGUCGUAAACAUUGGUGGUUCUGGCAAAAAGGAAACAAAUGUGAACUUGGAUAAGGGUGGGGACAAAGUUAAAGCAGCUGGUGCAGGUGGAGACAGUGAGAGCAGUAAGACGAAAGCAUCAGCAGCAGCUUUCAUCUCCAAGAAACUGACUGAGGAGAAUAACAACAACAACAGUAAGCCGUCAUGGAUGACUGCAGCGCUGAAGAAAACUGACAAACCUGCUCAAGUCGAGACUCCUAAGAGGGAGAUGGAGGGCACCAGAGGGAGGGUGAAGCUGAGAGCAGACCCAUCGCUCCUCGCUGACCUGCAGUCUCCGGACACCCCGAGCACUGCUCCGAGCCCGGCCAGCAGGAGCGGAGGCAGAACCAGAACUCCAGACAGAGGGGGCCCAAAGCCUGGCAGUCCACUAUCCAACACCUCAGCAUCAGAAAACGAGUCUCCUGCAGACUGGAGGUCCAGGCUCAAACCUGUCGCCAGAGAAACAAAACCUGCUGGUCCUCCACAGUCGUCCAAAGUCACUAAUGGAGCUGGAAAGUCCCAGACCUCAGAGCUCUCCAUUGGGCCUUCCUCAUUCUCCUCUAAUGUUCCCAGCAUUUCUGUCACUCCAUCACCAUCAAAGGGAUUUCUGAAUGGUCAGAGAGAACAAACUGAAAAUGGCACCAAAUCAGGAGUCAAGAUUACAAAGAUGAAGCCAGACUACAUUCCCAAAGAGGAGAUCAUGAAGGAGCUUCAGGAGAUUGAAGACAACUUGAAUGAGUUGGAGAAGAGAGGGGUCGAGCUGGAGAUGAGGCUCCGCAGCAGCGAGGAAGAGGGUGAAGAUGACUCUCUCAUGGAUGAGCUCAUGGUUGAGUGGUUCAACUUGAUCAGGAACAAGCAGGUGGCCAUGCGCCGGGAGUCUGAACUGGUCUACAUAGGAAAAACCCAGGACCUGGAGGAACAGCAGCCCACUGUUGAGCAGGAGCUCAGGAGACUGAUGGAAAAACCAGAACAUCUGAAAACAUCCUGGGACCGAAAGAGAGAACAGGAGCUGAUGGACAAACUGGUGGAGAUCGUCAAUGACAGAAACGCGAUUGUAGAAGGUCUGGAUGAGGACAGACUCAGGGAGGAAGAGGAGGACGAGCAGCUAAACAAGAUGAUGAUGAAUUUCAACAUAAAGAAGGACAAACCAAAGAAAAAGUCUCCGGUGGCCAAACUGUUCAGCUGGGGGGCCAAGAAGGAGGGAUGAUGCUCCUCAAAACGCAGGGAAGGUUCCUUCUUUGAUGUCCUCGCUGAUCUUGUUGUCUUAGUGUCGGUGUGCUCAGCCUGUGAUUCAUGGGACACAGUGAAUAAAUGGAUCGUCAGUCAGUCUGUCGUGUUCAGCGCUUUUAGAAAAAUGCCCUUCCCUCUGUCGACUGCAUCACUCAAGAUCUGACGUUACUGCGCGCACACACACACACACACACACACACACAUAUGCAUGGAUGAUGUUGAGGGGUUAAUGACUCAGUCGUGAUGUGAUUGGGUUCAGCGCUCCAGUUGUUAGUUUUAAUCCCCUGCUCGUCUUAAUCUGUCUACUUAAUGCUCUCACACACACACACACAAACAAACACACACACCCGCUGUCUGUAAAUAUCUCCUUCCUUGUUCUACUUAUUGAAAUGUUGCUUGCACACAGUAACACUGAUGCUAAUGAGAGUUAAUAGGGAACAAGACUCAUCACACAGGUCAGACAGCUGUUUCUUGCUCUCUGGUCACGUUUUAGUUCAAGCUACAAGUCACUGGUGGCUCUGUGACUAACUUCACGGUCACUUUCUGACCUGUUGUUGUUGUACAUGUUGAACUGCAUUUCUCUUUUCAGCACAAAUGGCCUUUUCCUGUGUAUUUUCUUUUGCACAGGGCAAAUACAACACUCUUGUACAAUAACGAGUUUGUUUAGGGUGCUGCCCUUUGAUAAGGUGACAUGUUCUUUUUAAACAUAGUCAUUAUAUUUUGUAAUGGGAUUUUCUACACUAGUGGUUCACAACCUGGUGGUCGAGACUCUCUUCAGAGGUCAUGAGGUGGUUAAAGGAGCUACUUGUAAGUUAUGCUAUUGGUACGAGCCAACAUUAACAUUAACAUUAACAGCUGUUUACUCACCAGUCUAGAGGAAACGUUGUGAGUUCAGCAUUCCUUUCCUCGUCAAGAGCUGUUUCCAGCAGUAGUUCGAUCACUUCUUUUGCUCUAAUGAAGUUAGCAUGCUAACUAGCCUCGGCCCACUGGCCCGUCUUGUCACUUUCUGAUAGCAGCUCACUGUAGCAUUCAGACUGCCCUGAAGAAGCAAAAAAAGUUAGGCAAAGAAAACUUACAAAUAGUCCCUUUAAACAGAAAUACAGGAAAAAUAUAUUUCUGCUCUCUUAGCUUUUUUCAAAAAAAUAAUUAUUAGUUUCAUGAUUUCACUUCUCCAGGCCUCAAAAAUAUUUUAAAAAAGGAGAAAGAGGGAAUAAUCUGUUUAACCUGUGAGAGAUUGUGGCUUAAUGCAGCCUAUGAUGAAGAGUCAGAAGUGGGCAGAGCUUCGUUUUAAGAGAUUACAAACCACAAAUGUCAGGAACCACUGGUCCUAGAUGGAUGUUCAGUCUUGGCCUUUGGGAAUAAUAGAUAUUAAAGAAUCUAAGCUCAAAGGUACUUACUAAUCAUUCAGAGCUUUCACCUCAUUUCACAGCCUUCAUUCAGAGUCCACAAUCACUCAAGAGUGAAAUGAGUGAAAUGGAAAAUUAGUUAAAAGCUCUGCAUCAUUAGUAAGUGCACCUUUGAGCUUAGAUCCUCUUCAUCAUAUAUACACUAUAUAUACACUGUAAACAAUUUUAUGAAUUCGUCAUCUUAUUACACACGUUCUAGUCUUUUUUUUUUUGUUGUUGUUGCUGUUUUUCUUUCCUGUAUAGUCAUGUUGUACUUGACAAUAUAGAGGAAGUUUGAGUUUUUAUGGUUGUCUAGAGGAAAAGUGUGAAUCUGGUUUGUGUCAUGUGACUCAGGGGUUUGACUUAACUGACUGGACGUUUAUGAGCCUUGGAAAUGCAAGAACUGGUCCAUAUUGGAUCUGGAUUUGUACAUGUUUAGCAUAUUUCGUAGCUGAAUUAACUGUGUAGUGUUUCUGUGUCAUGGUGUUAAGUGUGUAACAUUUUUUUUUUUUUUUUUUGCUGUGACCAAACUGCUCACUUUUAACAGCACUAGUUGGGAUUAUAUGAAAUCUAAUAUUGUAUAUAUGUUAAUGUUUUUGACCUCUUUAUGUUUCAGUUUCUCAGCUGUGUAUAUUGUAUAAAGUUGGUACUCAUAAUAGUCUGAUUGUUUAAUGGAGAACGUGGCCUGGAUUUUAAUAAAUUACUGUAAUAAAUGUACUUAGAUUUUUAUUAAA